CUUGAGAUCAAAAAUCUAAUAAAGAAGAAAGAGUUGUUUUAUACAUUCAUUUACGAAUAGUGGGAUUGGUACAAAGACAUUGCAUUUCCUUCUUCACAAAAGCUAUUCAUAGAUUUGUUAGGGAGUGAUCAUGGCGGAGGUUGUUGUGCACAUAUACGACGUGACCAACACUGGAUCGGAAAAGACUAAUAGCACCAUCCUUCAGAUCAACAGGAUCUUCAAAGACGGCAUCGGUCUAGGCGGCAUUUUCCACAGCGCCAUUCAGGUAUAUGGGGAUGAUGAAUGGUCUUAUGGGUAUUGUGAACAAGGCACUGGUGUUUUCAGAUGUCCUAGCAGCAAGAACCCAAUGUACACUUAUCGUGAGAAAAUUGUUCUUGGCAAGACGGACUGCACCAUCUUUAUGGUUAAUCAGAUAUUCCGUGAGCUCACCAGGGAAUGGCCAGGACACACUUAUGAUCUCUUGUCCAAAAACUGCAACCACUUCUGUGAUGUACUUUGUGAAAGGCUUGGUGUGCCCAAGCUCCCAGGUUGGGUGAAUCGUUUUGCACAUGCUGGCGACACAGCCUUGGAAGUAGCAGAAACCACAGCAAUGCGGUUAAAGCAAGCCAAAACUGAACUUUUAUCAGCUAGUAAAGUGGCAUAUCGCUUCCUUUCAAGUGUUACCUCAAACGUAACCAAUGGCUCUCCACAACAGCCUGGAACCGUCAACAGUUCAGACAAUGGGAACUUGAGAAUGCAAGGCGCUUGGCUCAAAGGGAUGCUAAACACUUCGAAACCUUCCACAAGCACAGAGAUAGAGAACAAAGAUGAAGAUGCAAAUCAGGAGAAAAAACAAAGCCAUGACUCUGAGGCUAAACUGUUUCAGCAACAACCGUAAUCCACCAUAAUGCAUUCAUUUGGUUAAUUGUAUAUCCACUUGGUCCAAAAGCUACCAUUGCUUUGCAUCACACCAUUGGAACACACAUAUCUCUCUUAUCAUUAUUUAUCUUUCAGCAGACCGUGUAAUUUCUGGUAAGGGAUAUAUUUUCAACAUGUUAAUAGCAAGUAACCAAGCA